UCAUCUGAUCUGCCAUCCACCGCCACUGACUGGAUAUCGCACUCCCCAAGAUCUGGGUACAGACACAGGUUAAACUCACCCUGGGAUUUAUAAAGCUUUGGUUCAGAUUGUUUUGAAGCUUUGCCUCUCUUCCCGGUUGUCAUUUUAAGAACCUCUGCUUCAGUUUAGGACUCCCAAACCUGGUCUGCAGUCAUGCCUCUCUCCGGAACUCCCGCGCCUCCAAACAAGCGGAGAAAGCCUUCCAAGAUCGUCACCGACCUGUCUCACGUCUCUCAGAACGAGUUUGAGGCAGAGCCAGAGGCGUCUGAGUUUGACCUGGGCACAAAGAUCCGGGCGCCCAGGGACGUCAUGCUGGAGGAGCUGAACCUGAUGAAGAACAAAGGCUCACAGAUGUUCAAGAUGAGGCAGGUGCGAGUGGCCAAGUUUAUCUACGAGAACAACCCCGAUGUCUUCAGCAUUGGCUCUAUGGAGAACUUUGAGAAGCUCGUACCAAGCCUUGGGGGGGAGAUGAUGGAUGUUGGCGGUCGCCUCGUCAGUAGACAGAUGGUUGGCCAGGCAGGUUCAGAGGGCGCACCUGUGCCCCCUCCCAAACCGGGAAGCCAUGGCAAGGGGGCGGGAGGAGCAGGAGGAGCAGGAGGAGCAGGAGGAGCAGGAGGAGCUGGAGGAGCAGGAGGAGCUGGAGGAGCUGGAGGAGCUGGAGCAGAGGGUGUGUGCAGGAUGAUCCCUAAUGGUGCAGGUGGGAAAGCAGAUGAGAAGAGUGCAGGCAAACGGGAGUAUCUGAAGCUGUACGUCUCCCCGUGGGAGAGGGCCAUGAAGGGCAACGAGGAUCUGAUAUCAACCCUGACAUCUCACAUGCCGGCCCCUAAAAGGCACCAAGAUCUGCCCAAAUUCAAGAGCUUCAACAGGUCUGCCAUUCCCUUUGGUGGCUUUGAGAAAGCAUCCAAGCUCAUGACCUUCCAGCUUCCAGAGGCCGAGGUGGUCGAGGAAGAGUCUGAACCAGCUGUGAUGUACCAACAACACAUCGCCACUCGGCCCUCCUUCAACCGCACCCCCAUUGGGUGGGUGACCAGCGGUGAGUCCAGCAGCAUCCACAUGGAGCUGGACGCCAUACCUUUUGAUGGGGAGACAGACGACCUGUGAGGGAGACACACAGACAUGCGCACACAAAUAUAACGAGACACCCUACCCCCCCCCUCAACUUCAGUACCCAAGAUCAUUCAUAGCUUUGAAUGAAGGCUGUUCUAUUCUGAUCUUUCCUACACACAAGCAGACACAUGAGCAGAAACCAUAUCAUAUGUUUGACACUCUAAUAUUGCCCAAGGUCAGGGGUCAUCAGGUCCGCAACCAGGGAAAUUAAAGAGCCUCAUGUAUCGCUUAUACGAGUGGUCUAUUUUAUUUGUAUCAAUUUGCUUAAGGCUUUAUAGUAGAGAAUGAACUAUCUACAUAUUUACUCACGUCUUUAUUAUUUUUCCAAAGAGCUGAAUUUAAAAACAUUGGAAAUAUUAUAUCUUAUCUCCUUUCCUGUAUCUCACAAGAACUUUUGCAUGACUUACGCAUAACUUUUGAAAUCUAGAUAGGGUAGAGUGAGAGGUGAAUGUUUUCCUACCCUUUUGUCAUGUCAUACUGUUGCACUUCAAGGUGGUAGGCAUGAUCGAAACUAAAGGCUCUUGCUUAUGUUCCUUACAGACGGCAACCUGUACUUAUCUAUCUACUUGCUUCUGUAAUGUUAAGGCUUGCAGCAGCACAACAUAUCAACUCAUCUCUAGUUACAACAUGUAGAUACACAUUGAAGGCUCUUAGCCUCAAAAAGGCUGACCUUGUGUCCUCUGACAGUCAGUUGCCUCUUUGUAUGUCCUCGCUGCCAUUUAAUAAACAUUUUCAAAGU